UGGGACAGUGUGGCUUCGUGACAAUGAUCGCAAGAGCAGCUGCUCGCCGAUUUGUUGGCGCCAGCGCAGUUCCACCUCCUUCGACAACGGCGAAACAUCUGCUAUGCGGGUGUCUGCUAUCGCCGGGGUGGGUUUUACCGGGGUGUUUGUGUGUGUGUGUGUGUGUGUUCUCAUUAAUGUCAACCUCUCCCCUGCAGAGGCGCUGACCCCACUGUACGACCCUAAACUCUGCUACAUUCUGGACGGCUUCCUCCUGCUCUAUGGUCUCGUCAUCACUGGACUGUUGCUCAGAGAGAAAUUCUUCAAGGGCAAGAUAUUGGAGGAUGACGAUAUCUACACUGAUCUGAAACCUACGGACGGGGGCGGUUAUGGACGAAUAAACAGAAAAGAUCCAGAGAGUGCAACGGCACGCGAUAAUCGCAGGAAUAAUGACGACACUUACACGGUACACGACACGUACAGGGAGAUCGCUGUGAAGGACAAUCAGCGCCGCAGGAACAGGAACGACCAGGUGUACCAGGGUUUGAGUGCCGCCACCAAGGAUACCUAUGACUCUCUCCAGAUGCAGCCUCUCCCUCCUCGCUAACAGAAACAUCAUGGAGGAUCACGCCUCGUCCAGCGGUCUGUCCUGUUUGCCUUUCUAUCUGCAACCAGUAUACUGCUACAGCGUUGUUGUAUGCAACAGUUACAUAUCCCUCUUCUCAAAUAAUUUUAAAUUGGUGAAUAGUUAUUUACCCACCAACAUCUAAUCACUGAUAUCUAGAACAGUCCUUGUUGUGUAAAAAGUAUGUUUGCAGUUGUGUUACUCCCUUUUUAUCUUACAGGCUGUUGUUGGAAAAUUUGUAGACUUUUGUGCCAGUAACAAUUUCAUAACUGUCUUAAUAUAUGAACUUGAUUAUAUGUUAUCACUAUUUUAUGACUUUAGCUCGUCUCUUCCCCCCCCCCAUACACCCCCAGUCUGUAACCUUUGACCUUGAAACUCAUUCUACCAACCCUUCCUCAUUGGCUACUGCUUUUCUAGUUUAUACCUGGAGUAAUGUAAUUAAAUAAUAAAUCUGUAGGUUGUUAUUUUGCA